AUGGCCACGCCAAGCUCAGACUCCGAUGGACCCCCGGAAAUUCCGGAGGAGGAAGAUCGAAUCAACCGUAGAGUUGUCCGAAAGACUUCUUUGGACCUCAAUAACAAUUUUUGCUGGCACAUCAAGGGACCCACACUAUCUCAUCAUGAAACAUCCACAGGCACGAAGCGCGUACAGCGCUUUAGCCACCCGGUGCGAGAACCGGCGGCUGUGGCAAAAGGCAAUAAGAACAGAAAUGAUCCCAAGGUUUCCUCACAGGAAGAUUUGUCCCUAGCCUUCCAGCUUGAAGACGACAAUUGUGUACUCAGGGCUACACCUGCGAACCUCGAGUUCCAACUCGAGUGCACGGAUCAUGAUUCGUGCAAAGCCCUGAAGCCACUUACAAAAGAAGUUGUGUUGCAAAACACCACCAAUUAUACUGUUUCAUUUGCUGUGCUUCCUCCGUCGUCAAAUGCAUUUUCUGUAUCGUGCCAACGAAAAAAACCGUUUCUUUCUGCUGGGAUGGUGCAACGCGUCCUAGUCUCUUUCAUUCCUGAUGUGUACGCGCCACAAUCAGACUUCAUUAAAGUAGUAGUGUCAAUUCGCUCAGCAGGAGAUGCAACAGGGGUGUCUUGUAACAGAAGAGAGAGUGAAAGGGGCAAACGAUUCCAGGACUCUUUGUUUUUGACCCGCAUUCCUCUACGAGCGGUAGUGCGCUGCAGCGUGAGGGGAGAUGACUUUGUUGUACCUCCUAACAUUGAGUCCAACGGGAGGUAUGAGUGUGAAAAAGAGGAUGACUUUAUUCCUUUCUCCCUAGUAUCCAGUCUGGACUUUGGUCCCACUAGGGUAGGAACAGUAAAGCGACGACGCCUGGUUCUCCCAGCUGCAUUAUGGGCUGCUGUCGAGUAUAGGGUAGAACUAACGAGAAAAAUUAGUGCGUUUUUAGUGGAGCCUUUGAAGGGCAUCAUCGGCCCUAGGGAUCCUGUAUCACUCUGGCUUCAGUUCGCUCCUCGCCUCAAUGUCGAAUACUCAGAAGAUAUACUGAUAUUUCUUGGUCGUAACUCAAGUCCCCAUCGAGUUACAUUAACAGGGAACGGCGUACCCUUGCAGACUGCAGGACACAACAUACUGGUGCGUAGGAAGAGCUGUGAGGUGCUUGAGAGUUCUCCUCAAUUGGGGGCAGCGCACGUAUCUGAUCCGGAGCACUGCCGCACACCCCAAACGGGUGAACAAAUCGAAUAUGACCAGCUCAAUGGACAGGCUGGAAAUACGUUUAUAAAGCUGAACAGCAAAGAAGAACAGCUGAAUCCCGAAAAUUGCGUGGAGACUCCAGCAGCUACUGUUAAUGCAUACUUGACCGAGGGUAAGGCAACUCGUGUAUCCACGCCUCACCGCCUGAAACAUCCUUUGCGCAGGCGAGAAUGUACUACAGAAGAGACGAAUUACCCUCUCGGUACUACCAGCGCAACUAAACGCAUUGACAGCAACAAGUACGGCGAUGGCGCGACUUCCAAGCAGUCCUUGGAUGAACGUUGGGCCGAAUUGGUGGCUGUUUUGCGAGCGCAAAAGCUGGGAACGCAUACUGUUAAGGGCGCCACCCAGCCAUCUGAUACUGUUGUCCAGAAAAUUCAGUUGAAAAGAGCAGAGGAGGUCCAAAAGAUGCUGAAGUCUUUGCAAAUUCAAGACAGGAACCGUAGCAGCUGCACGUUCGCAGGUGCCGCUGUUGCUCCGUCCCGAAACACUCAAGAAAACCAUCCAGACCCUACCUCCAACGUGCAAGAGAAGGGGCCAAUGUUACAGCAGCUGUGGCGAAGUGAACUAACCAAAAAGUUUCAACAGGCUGCAGCAGCAGUAGUGCUUCGUACAAGGAUGGCGAGACGUCUAGAGGCACUACGCUCAUGGAUCCGCUCCCAUAGUUUGAGAGAAGAGGCUAAUCAAGCGGGAAUCCAGGGCAAACAACAUCAGAACACCCCGCCGAAGUGCCUAGACUUACCGCAACGUGCACAAGAGCGGAAUAUCGAACAGCGGUGCCAGCAGGGUAUUCCAACUCACACAGACACAACACAGCAAUAUGCUAAAUCUUCAAGUGGCCUUUCCAACAGUCCAAGCAGCACCGUAGUCCCAGUAUUAAGCGGGCCAGAUGGCUCAACAAAUGCGAGAUCUUCAGAAACUCCUGGAGGCGUACAGGGACAAGACGCACACAGCUUCGGUGAAGAAAACAGAUGGAAAGUAAAACUUGUUCCUCCGAGAUUAUCGCUGUCCACGGACAUCAACGGUGAAUCGGAAUGGCAGAGCAUUCCUGGUCCGCAAUUCUGGGGGAAGGAGGACCUUAAUGUUGCAGAACUGUUCACGUGCAUGCAGCACAACGCACCAUUAUCACCAUUAUCCAAGCGUGAUAUUGAUGUUUUCCACCUCAAGGAAGAAGACGUAGUAACCUGCACUGGAGGUUUAGAAGUUACAGAUGCGGAUCUCCUUCAGUCUCUGCUAGAAGCAACUCCACCACUAAUAGAUGACAAGUCCUGGACGUCCUCGUAUGCCGCUAACCCAGAUGAUGCUGGACAUUCGAUGUUGAUGAGGUCGGCUUCACAAGGAAUUAAUGGAGUUUUGGAUAGUGUUGCCCUUUUGCCACCUGAGGAUCCGGAGGGAUUGGCUGCAGUAGCGUGGCGUUUUGUAGCGUCGGUGCCUCCCUACUCAAGCGCCUGUAUGCAACUGCCUUCCAUUGUGGAGACAGACCUCGCAUACAUCUUCCUUCAGGCAGCUUCUCAAGCGAAGACAGACCAUGCUGUCAGGAAUAUAUUCCCACCAUUUGCGGAAAUACCCCCUCUCCGCUGCAACGUCUUUGAGCUUACUACUGUACCAGCAGGGGCACUGUGGCCUCCUGGUGCUCACCAGAGGUCCAUUCGGUCUGUUGCCAGCAACUUUGUAGAACAGGCAAGUGAGAAGACUACCGAAGCAACCAAAAUAGAUGCUCUGGAGCCUGCAGUAGCAAAGGACGCUUACACAUUGGCAUUCGAGGAGUGCGGUGACAGAGCAGAGGCACUAAAAAGGGACAGUAACGCUCUUAAGAAUAUCUGGGGACUCGCUAGAUGCGAACAAGUGGAGCUCCUGAGUGAAGUUAAUAAAACGCUGCCUCAGGAAUUCCAGAUCCCCUAUUUGUGA